AACCUCUAUUUAGAGCAUAUGUAUAGAGGAUACAUUUGGGUUUGGAAUUCUGCAGUUGAUAUAAAAAAGUUAACAUGUCUAUAAAAAAUGUAGUGUACAUUGCAGGGAAAAAGGUAUGGAAUUGGAUCAUCGUUUCAUCAAAGAAGCUCAGGUGAUGAUACCAGCUGUCUGAAAUAUGGCAAUGUUGAUGUUAUAAGUUCUUGAUCUUCCGCAAUGGGUGAGCCACAACAAGUGAGUGCUCUUCCACCACCUCCAAUGCAGUACAUCAAGGAAUAUACAGAUGAAAAUAUUCAGGAAGGCCUAGCUCCCAAGCCUCCACCUCCAAUAAAAGACAGUUACAUGAUGUUUGGCAAUCAGUUCCAAUGCGAUGAUCUUAUCAUCCGCCCUUUAGAAAGUCAGGGCAUCGAACGGCUUCAUCCUAUGCAGUUUGAUCACAAGAAGGAACUGAGAAAACUCAAUAUGUCUAUUCUUAUUAAUUUCUUAGACCUCUUAGAUAUCUUGAUAAGGAGUCCUGGGAGUAUAAAACGAGAAGAGAAACUAGAAGAUCUUAAGCUGCUUUUUGUACAUGUGCAUCAUCUCAUAAAUGAAUACCGACCCCACCAAGCAAGAGAGACAUUGAGAGUCAUGAUGGAGGUGCAGAAACGUCAACGCCUUGAAACAGCUGAGCGGUUUCAGAAGCAUCUGGAACGAGUCAUUGAGAUGAUUCAGAAUUGCUUGGCUUCUUUGCCUGAUGAUUUGCCUCAUUCAGAAGCAGGGAUGAGAGUAAAAACUGAACCAAUGGAUGCUGAUGAUAGCAACAAUUGUACUGGACAGAAUGAACAACAAAGAGAAAAUUCAGGUCACAGGAGAGACCAGAUUAUAGAGAAAGAUGCUGCCUUGUGUGUCCUAAUUGAUGAAAUGAAUGAAAGACCAUGAAGGAUGUUUCUUCUUUUUGCUUUUCUCUUUUUCUUUUCAGUAAAUGGUAUAUACUCAUUAAUUUGCUCUUGGAGUGUCUUAAAAGAGCUAUAACUAGAAGUCAUGUGAAUGGCUUGACUCCAACUUUAUCAAUUAUGAGAUGUCACAGGCAUUGCACUGUAUGGCAAACAUAGGGAAAUGAGUAUAUAUGUAUACACUAAGAGUAAUCACCUUGAAAAGGAAAGUGCUGCGAUUGUGUGGAACAUUCCUGGAUUUGGAGUUUAGCUCAUGGUCUCAGGGUCCUGGGAUCGAGCCCCGCAUCAGGUUCCCUGCUCACUGGGGAGUCUGCUUCUCCCUCUCCCUCUGUUGUUCUCCCUGCUUGUGCUUUCUCACUCCUGUUCUCUCUCUCAAAUAAAAAAAAAAAAAAAAGAAUCACUGAUAAAGGUAGUACCUUUUCCAGAGGUCUUCUUUUAAUUCUUCCCUCAGUUCUUGGUUCCAAGUAUACCACCCUUCAGGGAUUUGCUGUAUUGAGGUUUAUAGUCCUAGAGCUGGUGAAGUCCAGUUUAAUGUGGCCAGAGGCCUAUUUUGUAUAUGAAACAUUCAUGCAUCCUUUUCUUGGGAGUGUAGACUGUUGCCAAGUAGAUACCUCUCUACUAGACAGGCAGCUAGUUGGGCAAUUUUUUUUUCUAUAUGUGUUUGAUAAAGAUUUUUGGGCACUGGGAACAUAGUCCAGGCUCUCAAGAUUAAAUUGAAGGGGGGAAAGGAGCACCUCGUCUGUAGGGGAGCAGCUGGAUGUUGCAUAACACUUGAGCAACUCUUCAAAGAAAUCUCUCCUUUGGCCUCAACCAUUUUAUAACUUAGGAUGUUGGGCUAGGAGGUACUAAACCAAUUUUUGGCUGCUUCACAAUUCUGGACAAAUCUAAAUGAGUCAUGUAAGAGUCACAUCAUUUGUGUGUGUGUGUGUGUGUGUGUGUGUGUAUGUAGGUAGGGAGGAUUAGGGGUUAAAAUUCCAUGAGGAAUCUAAUUUGACUUUGGGAGGAUCUGAUCUUGGAGGCCUGGGUGGCACCUGACUAAAACUAGAGUGCUAAUGUGAACUGCAAUUACAAUGAGAGUGGGAACACUAGUGGUCUUAUAGUUGUUACAAGUUUAAAAGUUACAGUCUUUCAAUCUUGUGAGGGUCAGAAAACAUCUCUGCCUACCUAGUUAUAGUGAAUAUUCCUGAUAGACGGAUUCCUCAAAGUGAAAUCUCUGGAAUAGCCUGGCACCUCUUGAAAUUACUGAUUCCCAGACUGCAGAGAUUCUGAUUUCAUUGUUCUGGGGUGGGGCUUUGGCACUGGUUUUAAGAAAUCUCUAGAUGGGGCGCCUGGGUGGCUCAGUUGGUUAAGCGAAUGCCUUCGGCUCAGGUCAUGAUCCUGGAGUCCCAGGAUCGAGUCCCGCAUCGGGCUCCCUGCUCGGCAGGGAGUCUGCUUCUCCCUGACCCUACCCCUCUCAUGCUCUCUCUCUCUCUCUCUCUCAUUCUCUCUCUCAAAUAAAUAAAAUCUUUAAAAAAAAAAAAAGAAAUCUCUAGAUGGCUUGACUGUGCAGUGGGUUAAAGGAAUAUUGUAUUAGUACACUCUGUUCCACCUAUUUGAAGCAAAAAGACAAAUUUUUGAAAAGAUAACUCUGCUGUUGCAUGAUUGAAGGAUAAAUUGAACAUCCAAACUAUGAAGAGGACUAGGAGGAUUUCCAGGGCAACUGGGACUCAAACUUCAUUCAGAUCCUUUCAUUGCUUCUCCUGUCUGUUUUCUUUCCGUUAGCUCCAUUCUCUUUACAAACCAGCCUUUUUGUGAAUGGAUGGAAAACACAGCUGCUAGCAGUUCCCAAGUGUUAAGUCUUCAGGCACCACUGUUAGAAAAAAGGAAGACUAACUAACCAGCCCUGAGGGGGAAUUAGGGGUGGUAUUUCUGAUUCUAGCUGGGCCAGUCAGUUGGGGCCUGAAUCCUGUAAGAAUUUGGCAGUCCCCAAAAUGUCCAUGUAUGGGAGAAGGUAGUCCACCUCUCAGGAAGUAGGUGCUGAGUUGGUCAUAUUGUAGAUAUCCACUAUAAAUUGAGCACAUGUAAA